UCAUCCAUUGCAGGAACAAUGAAUAAAAAUGAAUUGGGCGUGCAUGUUUUGUCCCCUAAGAAUUGUGAUAUUGACAUUUUGGACAACGGAAGGACCGUCAAAGAUGUCAUAGACAAUAAAAUAAAAGAGCUCGGUCCAGUGGACAACGAAGAGCCAUUCUAUGUGGCAAAUCUAGAUAGCAUGUACGAGAGGCACCUCAGAUGGCUUGCUAACUUACCUCGAGUCAAGCCUUUCUAUGCGGUGAAGUGCAACAACACAGCGGCAGUUUUGAGGAUGAUGAGUGCUCUGGACAUAGGUUUCGACUGUGCUAGCAAGGGCGAGAUCCAGACGGCCCUGUCCCUCGGAGUGACACCCCAUAAAAUCAUUUACGCACAUACAACCAAACCAAUGUCGCACAUCAAAUACGCCUGUGCUCAUGGAGUAGAUAUGAUGACUUUUGAUAAUGAGGAUGAACUCCUGAAAAUGUCUCUCUGUCACCCCAAAGCCAAACUGGUGCUCCGCAUCGCAGUGGAUGACUCCAAAUCCCUGGUAAAACUCAGUUCAAAGUUUGGAGCCAGACUGGUGUCAGUUGGCAAGCUGCUGGAACGCGCUGGAGAGCUGGGCUCAGAGAUCAUCGGGGUCAGCUUUCACGUAGGCAGCGGGUGCACCGGAGGCUCUGCGUUCAAACAGGCCAUUGCAGACGCCCGACAAGUCUUUGACAUAGCGAAUUUGCUUGGAUUCCAGAUGAGGCUCUUGGAUAUUGGUGGAGGAUUCUCUGCGAUUGGGGACUUUCAAGGAAAAUUUGAAGAGUUUUCAGUCAUCAUUAAUGAAGCACUGGAUGAAUUCUUCCCGCCUGACUGUGGGGUGCAGAUUAUUGCAGAGCCAGGCCGCUACUACGUGGAAUCUGCCUUCACACUGGCAGCAAAUGUCUUUGCCAAAAGAGUAAUCUUUGAUGAGAUGGAUGAAGAUAGCGACGGUGGGGAAAACAGCCCUGACAGAAUUAUGAUGUACUACCUUAACGAUGGAGUGUACGGCUCCAUGAGUUGCAUUGUUUUCGACCCUGCUCACUCCAACCUUGAACCGUAUCUUCACAGGGUUGUUGACAGCAGCGAGCAGAGAUACCGCUCUGUUAUCUGGGGUCCAACCUGCGACUGCAUUGACAAAAUAACUGAUGGCUACUGGAUCCCUGAGUUGCAUGUUGGGGACUGGCUUCUCAUCGACAACAUGGGCGCUUACUCUGUCAGUGUAUCUACUGACUUCAAUAGCUUUGAAAGAGCACACGUUUACACUGUUGUGACAGCUGAGACAUGGCGCGCCUUAAACCUUUCUCAAACCUUCGACAUGCGUUAAUGAUCUGGUAACUCUUCUGUUGGACAAUAGCUCAAUACAUGUCCAAACAAAACGUAGCCAUUUGACGUCUGUCUUCGAUUGGUCAGUUUCACAGGCAUAAUGUACAGUAAAUAUGUUGUUGAAAUCAUUUUACUGCACCUGCAAUCCACCAUAGGAUACUUUUAGAUUAGAUUACAGAGAUUGGCAGGAUUUGUUUGAAAGUGUUUUAAAUUAGGGAUAUCCUAACUAAGGUUAUUUGGCCAGCUCCAGAUCUAAGGCCUCUAGUUUCCGGUGUCUUCCAAUGCCAAUACUGAGUCCGGUUCAAAACCUUAUACUACAAUCCAUUGUUUACGCAUUAAUAAUCCUCUCUAAAUCACAUUAAACUCUUAAUUACAUAAUUUAAUGGGUAAACAAAUAAAAUGUAAUGGUGAAAACCUAUGGAAGUCAGCUUCUAUGUAAU